AUGGGCCUUGGACGCCUUUUCAAGGAUCUGACCGAGAUACCUUCAAAGCUUCACGUAACUCCAUUGUCUCGAAACAAAAAUCGAAAUAAAAAUCAUGAAGAAACAAACUUUGCACCAAGCGAUAUUGAACCACCACUAUCACCCAAAAUAACACCUCUCCCCGGGAAACGUGGACACAAUCCUAUGACUGAACAGCCAGUCAGCCAUCGUGCAACAAUCACCGGAACGAACACCCGAAGCUACCUCCCAACAACGUACAUGAACCUGGACAGAGAAACCACCGUUCACUUGAAAACAAAAGAGAUCUGCGCCGUGGAUUUCGAUUAUUGGUUCAACCAAUUAAAUCAUUUUUCAAAGUAUCACAACACUGAGGGUACAGGCACUAGCUUUGUUUACCCCUCAGGUUUCAGCGAUAGCUCUGUCAGUUUUUCCAACGACAUCUUGGAGGAAGCAACUACAUCCUUCGGAAACCUCCUAAUCAAAGAUUCUGGUGCUCAGGGUUGGAUAGGGCACGCAUUGUCUCGUCAUGGACCUGGAACAAUCGAAAGGUGCCUUGAAAAUGCACAGUUGAAAUACUCGGAUAAACUUUACUACAACGCAAGAAGACUUCAAAUGAGUUUGCUUUAUUCAUCUUCGAUAGUAGACGAUAUGUACUACCGCUUCGAGACAAUGAUUGGUGUUAUGUGGCUCAUGAGAAACUUCCGCUAUAAGAUUGCUCAAAUAUUCAUUGCCAAUGCUCGCACACGAUCUGAGGAACCAAAAAUCAAGCCUUGCUGCUUUCAAGAACUCGGCAGAAAACUCUUGUUGGUCAUGAGAUCGGGGCCACUUGACGAACAAUCGGCUGGCAUAACGGAAUCCGUGGAUCAUAAUGGAUAUGCCGACAAAAGCCAUCUUGCAAAUCCUGAUGUCAUUAAAGAUUAUCUCGUCUCUGAGAUACGUUUCAAGGAUAUGGUUGCUGAUUUACGACGGCGCUUCUUCUACGAUGGUCAAUCUCAGAUGCAAAACAUAGACCGUGUAGUUUGUCGUGGGCUGGCGAGCGAUUCGAGCAAUUGCCUAAGUUGUUCUGUCUCUGAGGGAUCUCCCGAUCCUUUCGAAUCGACUAAAGAGACUGACGGAGCUCGCUUCAAAUGCCAUCACCGUACAUCGUUCAGUGUCGACUGGGAUCCCUUAAAGUUCAUGGACUCUCAAUAUGGCUCGAUCAGAACCUUACUUGGAAAAGUAGUAACUCUGACUGGAUCUGCCAUUUGCGCUCAUGCAACCACUUGUCAGGACUACAUCCGGACCGUCUGGCCCUCGAGUGGACCAAUCCUGUUAGCCGCUUUAGAAGAGGCAUUAAAAAUGGCCAACAACAAGUCCGCACCCAAAACCCCGUACCAUGCAACUGUCCGACAAGAUGAUGUUGAAGUUUAUGUCAGGCUACCUUUGGAUUCCUCACCUGAUGGACUUCACCAUCGUAUGGUAACCGCUUGUGGAUCAAAAGCAAGACUCGUUGAGAUAGCUCAGCAAUUUUGCUGGCUCGGAGCAGCGCUAGGAGCUUCUGGACCAGAGGAACAAAUCCAUUAUGCCGAAAGUUCUAUCGCCUACUUUGAACGUUCUUCAGUGUUUGCUAUAUGGUUCGAUACAAAACCACUACGCCCGGAUGAAAACUGUUGCUGGCUGCCGUUGUUCGGAAACGCUGUCAUCGCAGCCGGAUUCCCAAUCCCUCCACGACAAGGUGAGAUAGGGUUGGAAGUAUCAGUAGAUACCAUUGCUGGCAUAUUGGGCAUCCAACAUGCUGUUGAGUACAAUGGUGGUGUUGUCAUGAAGGGGUUUUCCUCGCUCCUAGUUCCUGUCGCAAAGAACGAUAGGACUAUCCAGUGGCACCUCAUAACUAAUGAGAGCCCUGACAUACGCCUAUCAUAUCAAGAUGGUCUUCGUCGUUGUAAAGAUCGUCUUAUGAGAGAUGUGGUCGGAUUGGAUGCAAUACGCACCACUCGAGCUAUUGUUGGCUGGAUAAAUUUUACUGGUGCAACCUUGGGAUUCCAGCAAUUUGGAGUAGGACAAGCCGAUUUUGCCCUGGGAGCUAAGGAUGGCAAAUGCCACUUCCAGAGGAACGGGCCCUACAAGAACAUCAUCUCAGCGGCCGAGAAGACGCCUGUUGUCUUAUACGACACAUUUGAGCGAAGAGCUUGGCUUGUUCCCGCAGCAAAUGUCAUCCUCCAUCUUGCACAGCACCGGCAUUGGUUAGAACCAUAUGAGUUCCGUGGAAAGAGGGUCAAGCUCUUCUCAGCGACCACAUCUCACGGAUCUGCUCGUGAGAUCCUAUUACAAAAUGCCAAAAAUCAACUCUCAGAUGAUGAGGAAUAUACCUUCAAAGACUUAGUUCUGAACAUAUGGUCUUUGCUUGAGUUCCUUUUGGACCAAAACGUGCAAAGCGAUUGCACACGAGGGGCACCGAUCAGAGGCACCACUCGAGAUGUCAUUCAAGGUUUCGAAUUCAAAGCCAUUUCAGAGGAGCGAUCGCCAUUUCAUCGGAAGCACGCAUACAUCCAGAAGUCCAGCAGCGGUUGGACAAACCUUGUCAGAGAUAUUGAUGCUCUUGUACUCUUCGCCAGUGGGUUUGAGGACAUUAUCAGACCUACACCUGAAAUUCGAGGACUUUGCCACUACUGGCAAAGUGUGCCAAAGUCUCGAGACUAUCUUGCGGCCAGUGUCAAGUCACUGCAAGACCUCUACGAUGUUGCUGGCUGUCGUUUGAGUAAGGAGUUCUUGACAUAUACCCACUUGCAGUGGCAUCGAGGCAGCUCGAUCUUGUUCGAGCCUUGCAAAACCCCAAACUCGUACCGUUGCUCAUGCAACCGCUUGCAACAAAUAGUAGGCCCAGUCAGCGUUGGAAGGGUUGUUCCACCAGGGCUGCUACAGGAUGAAGGUGCAGUAAUCUUCGGACGGGACGGAAACCUUCUCUCUGAAUUGGCAUUAGCCCAACAGCCAUGCGAAACCACUCUAUACAGUCAGCCAAAUAUCAGCCUCGGACCGGGGGAAACUUUUGGCAUACCAGAAGAACCAGAAGAAGACCAAUGUACAGUUUCUGAUAGCGAGCCUUCGUCACCAGUGGCGGAAGGUAGUGAGGCUACUGCACCUCCUAGAGUAUCACUCGUACUGGAAAACUCUCCAGUUGGACUCGAGAGAACCUUUCCUGAUUGGGAACAAAGCAACUCUUCACAGAAUUGGAAUUCGACAUUCAAAGACGAAAGCACUUCCGUAAAUUCUGACAUUAACGAUCGGUAUGGUUCAGAGCUGUACGAGAAGGGAAAGUGUCCUGUCUAUAGGCUUCCUGAAACAGUCGACGACUCUACUACUGAGCAAGAACAUACGGAGACAAAAGAUAUGCAAUCGGCUGAUAAGACGGAGGAGCAUCAGCCGGGUAUAUUGCCUGAACCACCAGGAUUGUCACAGCCGACGGAAAGACUGUUUCCUCAAACACCAUCAGAUUGUUCCGAUACUUCCAGCGGGCCUGAAAAGGUUGGUUCUUUUGGGAAAAUGUCUGGGUUCAGGCUCUCCAUGACUGUAAAAGCAAUAAAAACUCGAAGUCCUGAGAAGAUGGUUGUGCGAUAG